AUGGGCAAGAAUCAAGGUCCUCAUACUGUCAGAAAGCUCCGUAGCCACCAAGGAGACCAGAAGUGGCAUGAAAAGUAGUAGAAGAAAGCCUCUCCAGGCCCAGCGCUGAAGGCCAAUGCUGCCCAUGCAAAGGGGAUUGUGAUGGAAAAAGUAGGGGUUGAAGCCAAACAGCCAAAUUCAGCUACCAGCAAGUGUGUCCUAGUCCAGCUGAUCAAGAAAGGGAAAAAAAAAAAAAUCACAGCCUUUGUGCCCAAUGAUGGUUGCUUGAAUUUUUUUUUUUUUUUUGCCUCCAAGGGAACCGAACUUCUGGUUGCUGGAUUUGGUCAUAAAGGUCAUGCCAUGGGUGACAUUCCUGGAGUCCAAUUUAAGGUUGUCAAAGUGGCCAGUGUCUCUCUGUUGGCUUUAUACCAAGGCAAGAAGGAAAGACCAAGAUCUUAA